AUGGCAUCCGAAUCGAAUUCAAAUCAAUUAGUUGUGAUAGUUUCAGGUGGAGGUCCAGUAGGUCUUACUUUUGCAUUAUCAUUAUCGACGAUGAUGAAAAAUCAUGCUAAGAUCUAUAUUUAUGAAGGACAUCAUGUUGUUUAUCAAAUACCUGCAUUUAUUCAAUCGGGUCUCUUCUCUAACAUUGACGAACUCGUAUGGCCAACAUCGAGAAAUAUACCAAUACGUGAAGUAGAAGACCGUUUGUUGGCAUUACUCGAUCCAUUCGUUGAAAGUGAACAAGUUGUUUUGAUACCUGAAAAUUUAAGCGAAAUAACGGAUCGUCUGAAUAGCGGCGAAUAUGAUCUUCUUGUUGGCACUGAUGGUACCGGUUCUUUUGUUCGAAGUUAUUGCAAUAUUCCAUUACAUCGUGAAAGUACAGAAUAUGCUUGUGGUGUUGCAUAUAAUAUACCAAUUGAUAUUCCUCCUGAAGAAGAGCCUCUGCAUCAAGCUCUCAACUGUAUUCUUACUAUCUGUCAAACACGUUAUUUGGUUAAUUCGUCAACCAGUCGACGAGGAUAUUUGAAUGUUCGUUUAACGCCUGAAGAAUAUGCGGACUUCGAGAACACUUGGAAAAUCAACAACAUCGCUCAUAAAUUCGUUUUUCGAAUUAUGCCAAUUGAAAUCGAUGUUCAGCAUGCAAUAUCCGUUGUCAAAGAAUUUGAACACGAAAUAAAGAAGAUUCCGGUUUGUCUUGCAGGUGACGCGGCUAUGGCCGUACAUUUCUGGUCAGGGAGAGGAAUGAAUUCUGGUAUGAAAGCGGCAAUGGCUCUUGCACGAAAUAUCGCUCGUCUAUUUGUACGAAACGAUUCUACUGAAAUGAUAGUCGUUCGCAAACCUCUCACGUAUGAAGAUUUUCUUGAAUACGAAGAGUUCAUGAUUUGUCUUCGAAUUACUAAUUAUUCAAUUAACAGGAGCGUUGAAACUGCUUAUAAUUUCUUCUACGUACCUGGUAGCUACCAGUUCUAUAUCAAUAUUCUCAAAAGCAAACUCGAAAGAGCUCGUACGUUCUUACAAAAUCGAUCGGAUUGGCCACAUCAACAUAGCCCAAUCACUGACAAAGAACUAGACAAUGCAUCGAAUAGAGUAUCUGCUAGUGCUGUUGCUCAACUUUCUCUUGCUAAUCCAUGGCCAACUCGAGAAAUGGCUGGAGAUGAAGUACUUGUUGAAGAUUAUUUUCCCUUGAACGGAAAAACAUUCUUACCUCUUCCUUCAUCUGUUACGUGGUUAAUACCGGAUAGCGUACAACAAACAGCAGCUGACAACACAACAGAUGAAAAAAUAUCAUAUACCUCAGUCGUUUGCCUAUAUUUGCCUCAUGAAGGUCCACAAAAUGUAUUUGACUUAAGUAUUGAUACGAAAUAUCUCUGUUUCGGAAAAUUUACUGCUCGUCAUGAUUGUAAUGAGAAAGAAUGGUUUCGUGCAGGCUUCUAUGUUACUCCAAGUCGUGGUAUAACCUGUGCCUUGGGAUUUUCCUUUAGUACGGGUAGCGAUUUUCCAGAACGUGAUCCAGUCAUGAUCACUAUUGAAGAAGAUCCAGAAUCGAUGCAGGCACAUGAAGUCGAAAAUGAUGUUAAGCAACGAGAAUCAAGUCGGUUAGCUUGGGCACAAUCGUCGUGUACUCGAUGGAUUUAUCUGAUAUUUUUCAGUUGGGCAACACCAAUCCUUUCGCUAAGCAAUCGGCGUACGAUUACCAGUAGCGAUUUCAGUGAUCUUGCCAUCAUCGAUAAAUCCUCUUCAUCAUUAAAUCGAGUAGAAUCGUUUAUUUCAACAUGGCCUGGAACGUGGCACGUUAUUCUUCGAACAUUUUUCAAAGAUUACAUUUCCACUCUUCUACUUCUGUUUCCAUACAUUGCAGUUCGCCUUGCACAACCGUGGUUAAUCCGCGAACUCGUUCUCUACAUUCAAGGUCAAUCAACUCUAUCAGUGUAUGUAGCUUAUCUCUAUACUGCUGCUUUAUGUGCAGCUGCAAUUCUAUAUGGCAUCAUUCAUCAACACAUUGAAUUUCAAAACACACGCGUCGGAAUGCGUGUGCAAACUGCCUUGUCAUGUGCCAUUUAUAAGCAUCUAUUAACUGUCAGUACGGUCGAGUUUCAUAAAAAUACUACUGCUCAAGUAAUCAAUCUAGUUGCAAAUGACACAAGCAAAUUUCAAGAGCUUGUCUUUUUCGCCUAUGCUCUAAUAUUAUCACCUUUGGAAGCCGUUUCAGCAUUUAUUUUAAUCUGGUGGUAUAUUGGAGUUCCGACGAUCUUUGGCUUUGUAGUUCUUAUUCUAAUUCUCCUCUUACAAUUGAUAUUUAGUAAAUUGUUCAGUCGAUAUCGAAUGGAAAGAAUAAAAUGUACAGAUAAACGAGUUCAAGCAGUAAACGAACUUGUUCAUGGAUGUCAAAUUAUUAAAAUGUACAAUUGGGAAGAAGCGAUGGAGAAACGAGUGCGACAAACACGUUUGCAUGAACUUGCCAGUCUGUACAAAUCGAGUUUAUUACGAGCACUCAACGUCGGUCUCUUCUUCGCAAGUUUAUCAUUGAUUUCUCUGGCGACUUUUGGCGGAAGUUGGCUGAUGGGCGAGAGUUUGCAACCAGCGAAUAUUUUUGCCGUUUUAACCCUAUUCUCAAUGGUCCGAUCGACAGUGACGAUUACAUUAGCGUACACGUUGGAAAAACUAAGUGAUGCAAUUGUGUCUGCUAAAAGAAUAGAUCAGUUUAUGGAAUUAAAUGCUACUGUAGUGAACAAACGCGAAGAAACACCACAUGCAUCGGAUGAUUGCGUAAUAGUGAUGGAAAACGCUUCGUUCUCAUGGAAAUCUACACCUUGUUUAGUCAAUCUUAAUCUCACGAUCAAACGUGGCACGUUCGUAGGAGUUAAAGGUGCUGUCGGGGCAGGAAAAUCGUCACUACUAGCUGCGAUUCUCAGUGAAAUCAAUCGUGUCGAUGGGAAAGUCCUACUAUCGUUUGAUUCUAUCUCCUAUGCGCCGCAAGUCGCAUGGAUCUACGCAGAUACAAUUCGAGCGAAUAUUCUACUUGGAAAGCCAAUGGACGAAGAACGUUACCAGACGGUGAUCAGAGCCUGUUGUCUCGAUAUCGAUUUGCAGAACUUCGGUGAAGUGGGUGACUUAUUGGUGAUUGCUGAUAAAGGAGUAAAUUUGAGUGGUGGUCAGAAGGCUCGCCUGUCACUUGCUCGUGCACUUUAUGCUGACGCCGAUGUUUAUUUGCUCGAUGAUCCCUUAGCUGCCGUCGAUCCAAAAGUAGCAAAGAAAAUAUUUGACCAAUGCAUUGGUCCACAGAGUCUCCUUUGUGGCAAAACCCGAAUAUUGGUUACACAUCAAACACAUUUCCUGAUUGAAGCAGAUCAAACAAUCCUCUUGGCGAAUGGUUGUAUUGAAGAAUUUAUUGUUGACCAAGCAUCGACUACGAUAAGAGAAAAUCAAUCAGUUGUAGGUGACGAAGCUGAAUGGACUUUAGACAGAGCGAAAGACAAUGAAUGUUCGAUUGUGAAAGAAGAAACACCUGUUGAUGGUACUGUCCAAUGGAACAUUUGGUUUCAAUUAUUUACUGCGCCGCCGCUACGUUGGUUUGGUUUGUUGUUUAUGUUGAUUGUUAUGUUAGCUGCCGAAGGUUUGUUCGAUUUUACAAAUUAUUGGCUUGCACUAUGGUGUAGUAAAACUGGAAGUGAACAACGGUCAACGUUUUAUGCAUAUGUUUAUGCUGGACUAGCACUAGGAACAUUAUUUGUUGUAUUAAUGCGGUCUAUUUAUGUAUUCUACAUAAUUCUAUGCGGAUCGACAGAAUUUCAUAAUCGAAUGCUUCGAGGAAUUUUAUACACUUCGAUACGUUUCUUUGAAAGCAAUUCAAGCGGACGAAUAUUGAAUCGAGCGAGUAAAGAUCAACAGGCAUUGGAUGAAGCACUGCCAGCAACUUUGGUUGAUAGCAUACAAAGCAUUCUAAUGACUGUUGGUGCUAUCGUGAUCAUCGGUAGGAACAACCCUUGGAUUCUUUUAGUUCUUAUUCCAAUUCUACCUUCAUUGGUGUGGUUGCGACAGUUUUAUAUACGUUCAAGUUCGCAACUGAAACGAUUGGAAAGUAUUGCACGUAGUCCGAUCUAUGCUCUGUUAUCGUCGUCGCUAGAUGGAUUGUCCAGUAUUCGUGCGUUUCAUGUCGAAAUGGAUUUUUUGAACAUGUUUACGAAGAGAAUAGAUGCGCACUCGCGAGUUUUUUUCAUUUUGUCUGUUGCCGCUGGUUGGUUACGUCUACGAGUUGAUGCUGUUAUGUGUUUACUGAUUUUAGUGACAACAGUUCUUGCAGUCGCAUUGCGCCAUCAAGUCGAUCCAGCUGCUGCAGCACUUAGUCUAAGUUACUGUUUUAGUUUGACUGCUCUUUUCUCAUGGGGUGUGAGAGCAUCUGCCGAAGCAGAAAAUCUUAUGACUAGUGCAGAACGACUGCAUGAAUACGGCAAACUUGUAUCCGAACGUUCUACAGAUGGAAACAAUCAACUGCCAAAUGGUUGGCCUUCUCAAGGUGUAAUUGAAUUCAAAAACUAUACGUUCCGUUAUCGGCCCGAACUUGAUGCUGCAUUGAAGAAUUUGAAUUUACGAAUCGAAUCCAAAGAAAAGAUUGGAAUCAUUGGUCGAACGGGUGCUGGAAAAUCAUCACUUCUUCAAGCUCUCUUUCGACUUGCCGAUCGAACGACCAUUACAGGCACGAUUCUGAUUGAUAACAUCGAUAUUAGUCAACUCUCAUUAGACUGUCUUCGCUCCCAUCUGAGUGUUAUUCCACAAGUACCAGUUCUCUUCUGUGGUACACUUCGAUACAAUCUUGAUCCAUUCGAACAACACACCGAUGAAGAAUGCCUUGGAGCGCUAGAAGAUGUGCAACUCAAACAACUGGUAUCCAAUAAUCAUGAUGGUCUUCAUCUGCUAAUAGCUGAGGCAGGUACUAACUUAAGUACUGGCGAACGUCAGUUAAUCUGUUUAGCUCGAGCUAUCCUGAAGAAAAGUCAUAUUUUACUCAUCGAUGAAGCUACGGCACAUGUAGACUAUGCGACGGAUCGUAUGAUUCAAGAGAUGAUAGCUGACAAAUUUCGUGACCGUACUGUUCUAACUAUUUCUCAUCGGUUGAAUACCGUAGGUAAUAGUGAUCGUAUUCUUAUGUUACAACAAGGAGAAGUAGUGUAUUUCGAUGUGCCAGAUAAAAUGCCUUCCUUUGAAAAUUGA